AUGUCACGAGCGAGCAGCAGCGGUGCUCGUGACGUGUCAUCACUCGCCGAGGAGACGCAGGGAGAUCCAGCGAAGGGGCGAUUUUUGAAGAAACGAUCGGCUCAGAAUGCGAAUAGCGAUUAUCAUCCGAGCCAUAAGAAAGAAUCCUUAGCUCAAAUUCCAAAAAUGCGACGUGGCAUUUGUCACGACAACGAUCGUGAAGAAAUUCUGAUGAGCCCGCCGACCGGAGAGCUGGAAGACGAGGAUAUCAGUCGUCUGAAACAGGCCACGCCCCAUUUGCCAGACGACGUGGUGCUCCGAGUACUGUUUCAUUGCUCAUAUGACGUGGAUUCGGCAAUAGAAUUGGGACAAGGAAUGGAGAUACCCACGAAAAUUCCAGAAUCGGUCAGAAAUAUAAUAGUAGCUAAUAUUGCGAUGGAGCGAAGUGACUAUCAAAGUCGACGGAAACCAAUGAAAGAGUUUUAUUUAGCGCAGCAGAUGAAAAAAGUGUCGAGUACAAAAGCGCUAAUCGAUUUUUACUAUAAGGAAAAGAAUAAAAUGAUGGGAAAUUGGCGAUUGGAUACGUAUGACGAGGAGGAUACACACGAAGAAUGGGUCGAAAUGGCUGAAAAAAUGCGAGAAAGUGGAGUGCACAUAGUGACGCGAAAUCCCUCCACCGUUGCUCGACCCACAAAAAAAUCCUCUCGAAAAGCGACAAAACCGAAGAAUCGUCGUCGCCAAAAACAAGAAAUCGAUAGCGAACCGACACCAUCUUCAUCGACGCCUUCAACCAGUAACGUCUUCAAAAUCCCCACAAGAUCUCAUCAGAAUCCAGAAUUCUCUUCCCCUUCCACGUCACCACGACGACGGACACAAUCGGCGACGAUGCCUAGAAUUGCUCAUGGCUCUGCGUCACCGCCGAAAACAGCCAGUAGAAAACGAAGAAAUACAGAAACUUUGGAUGAGCCAUCGACAAGUGAUGGACGAAGUUCUCCGAAGAAAUCGUGUCAUAACUAG